AUGGCGCCGACAAUUGUCGAGAUACCUCAAGAAAUCCUAGAGACUUUCGCCAGAUCGGAAGAAUAUCACAACUCCUUCUUGCUUCAUCCGGACGGGGGAUUGGAGCAUGCCUUGAAACAUAGCGCGGAGAAUGGACUUCCAGAUAUUGCAGUUUCCGCCUCCCAGGGCAAAUUCCUGAAACUCGUGGUACUUACUAUGGGUGCCAAGAGAGUGCUCGAAAUGGGAACACUCGGUGGAUAUUCGACUAUUCAUAUGGCCCAGGGGCUCCCAGAGGACGGCGAACUGAUCACGCUCGAGAUAUCAGAAGCCCACGCCAAGGUUGCCCGCGAGAAUUUAGCUAAAGCAGGAAUACGAAACGCCAGAGUAGUGGUUGGAGACGCCAACGAAAGCCUUAGGGGGCUUCCAACAGAGGAGCCAUUUGACUUGGUUUUCAUCGACGCUGACAAGCAAAGCUACCCUAAUUACUUUCUCGAGGCGAAACGCUUAGUCCGGAAGCAUGGUGUCAUCAUCAUGGACAAUGUCGUGCGGAAAGGCCGGGUUGCUGAUGAGAGCUUUGCUUGUCGUCCAAACCCUUCCAAGGACAUAUAUGCCGAUGACUCCGCUGUCGAGGGCGUUCGUACAUUGUUAAGAAUGUUGAAAGAGGACAAGGAAGUGGACGCGACAACAAUCGCAACAGCCGAUAAAAAGGGUUAUGACGGCUUCUUGUAUACGAUUAAACUGUAA